CCCAAACACUCACCCCUCAUCCUUCUCCCAGCACUGCAGAAGCUAAAAAUGGGGUGAACCAUGAGACCAACGCAAUGGAUUUAAGCAAGGCGGAGCUGCACUUCAUGAAGAAAAUUCCCACCGGGGCCGAAGCGUCCAACGUGCUCGUAGGAGAGCUGGAUUUCCUUCACCAGCCCAUCGUGGCAUUUGUCCGCCUGACCCCGGCUGUCCUCCUCUCGGGCAUGACGGAAGUUCCCAUCCCAACAAGGUUCCUGUUUGUUUUGCUUGGACCAGAAGGAAAAGCCCAUCAGUACCAUGAGAUCGGCAGGUCCAUGGCUACCAUCAUGACGGAUGAGGUUUUCCAUGACGUUGCCUAUAAAGCCAAGAACCGGGCUGACCUCGUGGCCGGCAUCGACGAGUUCCUGGAUCAGGUCACGGUCUUGCCUCCAGGAGAGUGGGAUCCAUCGAUCCGCAUCGAGCCCCCGAAAAACGUCCCUUCGCAGGAAAAAAGGAAGAUGCCGGGAGCUCUCGAUGACAACGCUUCCCACAGCAAGCCAGAGAAACACAGUGGUCCUGAACUGGAGCGGACGGGAAGGCUCUUUGGAGGUUUGAUUCUGGAUGUGAAGCGGAAGGCCCCGUGGUUCUGGACUGACUUUCGUGAUGGCUUGAGCCUCCAAUGUCUGGCCUCCUUCCUUUUCCUAUACUGUGCCUGCAUGUCCCCCGUCAUCACCUUUGGGGGACUGCUGGGGGAGGCGACCGAUGGCCACAUAAGUGCCAUGGAGUCACUGCUGGGCGCGUCCAUGACGGGUGUGGUGUAUUCCCUUUUCGCUGGCCAGCCGCUCACCAUCCUCGGCAGCACGGGACCCGUCCUCGUGUUCGAAAAAAUUCUCUACAAAUUCUGCAAGGACUAUGCGCUCUCCUAUCUCUCUCUGCGGGCGUGCAUCGGGCUGUGGACUGCCUUCUUCUGCACCGUGCUGGUGGCCACUGAUGCCAGCUGUUUGGUGUGCUACAUCACCCGCUUCACCGAAGAAGCCUUCGCCUCCCUCAUCUGCAUCAUCUUCAUCUACGAGGCUCUGGAGAAGCUGAGUCACCUGCGAAAGACCUACCCGGUGCACAUGCACAGCAACCUCGACUUCCUCACCAUCUACUACUGUAAGUGUGAGGCACCGACCCAUCCCAGCAAUGAAACCCUGCGUUUCUGGGAGAGCCACAAGAUCAACGUGUCUCGCAUCACCUGGGAGAACCUGACAGUGACUGAAUGUCGGUAUUUGCAUGGAGAGUUUCGAGGACCUGCCUGUGGACACAAUGGCCCCUACGCACCUAAUGUCCUCUUCUGGUGCUGCAUCCUCUUCUUCUCCACCUUUGUCCUGUCGAGCUUACUGAAGAAGUUUAAAACCAGCCGUUACUUCCCAACCAAAGUACGGUCCACAGUUAGUGACUUUGCUGUUUUCCUCACCAUUGUCAUCAUGGUGCUCAUCGACCUCGUGAUCGGGAUCCCGUCUCCAAAGCUCCACGUCCCCCAUAUGUUCAAG